CUCCGUGCCCGAUUCUCACACGACACAUGAUCCAGCGGCUGUGCUGCACUUGCCGACACCCACUGGCCGAAGACGAUGCUUUGAUCCAGCGGUCGGCCUCCACUUCGUGUGAGAUCAGUAGCAUCGUCCAAACAUCGGCUGACGGUGUGUAGCAUCUUACAUACGCAUAGUUCUAUCGAUAGCAUCGUCCAAGAAUCGUGCGUCGAGUGUCGUCAGUAUAGCAGCAUUCAUCUUUGCGAGAGUGAAUCAACUGAAUCCCGUGGGACGCAACCAGGAUGAGGCGAUGAGCUCGCCGCCGCGGACGGACAAGCUGCGCCGCGCAGGGUUCCGGCCGGUGUCCCUCCCCGGGAGCUAGCCAGGGGAUCGUCUCCGGUACGCCCGGGAGACGAGCCGCAGCAGCCGGAGCGCGCGAGCCAGAGGGAGGCGCUGGCGCGCACGCGAGGUGUUCGUCAAAAUGUCUAACAGCUAUUUGGUCUCGGCCGUCAUCGCCCCGCCCGGAGGUCGGGCCCCACGCGUCAGAAAGAGCGUCACGGCGUUGAUGAUUGCUGCUAUUCCUAACAUCAUCGGUUGGCUCGCCAUCUCCUCGGCAAAAGACACUACGUUUCUGUAUAUGGGGCGACUGAUUGAAGGAUUUGGUGUUGGUAUCAUAUCCUACACGGUGCCUGUAUACAUAGCAGAGAUUUCUCCUCGGAACAAGAGGGGCGCUCUGGGCUCUGUGAACCCGUUGUCUGUAACAACGGGGAUGAUGUUGGCCUAUGUGCUAGGGAUGUUUGUUUCUUGGAGGAUGCUUGCGUUGAUAGGAACCUUGCCAUGCACAAUAUUGAUACCUGGCCUGUUCUUCAUUCCAGAAUCUCCAAGAUGGCUGGCAAAGAUGAACAAGAUGGAUGAUUUCGAAGCCUCCCUACAAGUUUUGAGAGGAUCUGAGACCGACAUCACCUCAGAAGUGAAUGAUAUAAAGAUAGCGGUAGCAUCAGCAAACAAAAGGACGGCAAUCCGUUUCCAAGAGUUAAACCAAAAGAAAUUCCGCAUGCCCCUGAUACUAGGAAUUGGCCUGCUUGUACUGCAACAGCUAAGCGGGAUCAGCGCUAUACUGUCUUAUGCAGGCAGCAUCUUCAAAGCUGCAGGUCUUACAAACGGCAACUUGGCCGCAUGUGGACUUGGAGCUAUUAUGGUUCUUGCCACUGGAAUUACAACCUGGUUACUAGACAGAGCUGGCAGACGGAUCCUACUUAUUAUCUCUUCUGCCGGGAUGACUCUAAGCCUUCUUGCCGUUGCUGUCAUAUUUUUCCUCGAGGACAACGUUCCACAAGAUUCUGACAUGUAUUACAUAUUAAGCAUGGUCUCCUUGCUUGCUAUUGUGACUUGUGUAAUCACCUUCUCCUUCGGUAUGGGCGCCAUUCCAUGGGUCAUAAUGUCCGAGAUCCUGCCGGUUAGCAUCAAGAGCCUGGUGGGAAGCUUCGCGACGCUCGCCAACUGGCUGACCUCCUUUGGGAUAACAAUGACAGCAAACUUGCUGCUCAGCUGGAGUGCUGGAGGGACCUUUGUGUGCUACACGCUUGUGAGCGCGUUCACGCUCGUGUUCAUCAUCCUCUGGGUGCCGGAGACCAAGGGAAGAACUCUCGAGGAGAUACAAUGGUCGUUCCGGUGAGCUUGGUUGUUUCCGUCGAAUGUAUGUCGGAAUUAUUUUCAAGUCGGGCAUUGUCUUCUUUUUACUAGUCUGAUUGCUCGAUGGAGGCCAAUCAGACAACAGUUAUUGUGUGUAUACAAGUAUAUUCCUGUACAGGAUUGUUUCAGUUGACUUUGUAUAGAAGGGACAUGUCAUAGUAGUCCUGCUCUGUUAUCCUCUAUGGUUUCCGUGCUGGUGCAGCUGGUCGUCAGCUCCCACUGUGAUACCCCGCAAGAGAAAAAAUGAAGAAAAACUUCCACUGUGAU